AUGUCGGGACAGAAACCGUCCUUGAAGAGCAGCGGCUCCCCUCAGAGCCGCUUCCAGGUGGAUGUGGUGACAGAGGCAUCCCCUGCAGCCCCGGCCUCCACCAAUGGAUCCAAGCCGCCUGAGGAGUCCAAAGGCCGGCCCAGGGUGGUGGGGUUCCUGGAUUUUGGGGCGCUGGGCAGCGCGAUGGACAUCGGGCUCCCGCCUGAUGUCUUCCACGAGCCCGACACGACAAGAAGCGACUCAGUCAGCCUCCAUUCGACAGGCACGGGACAUACGCACAUGUCCGACUCCCACUCCAACACCUACUACAUGAGGACUUUCGGACACAACACCAUAGACGCCGUGCCCAACAUCGACUUCUACCGGCACACUGCAGCGACUCUCGGGGAGAAACUUAUCAGACCGUCGCUGUCGGAGCUGCACGAUGAACUCGAUAAAGAGGCCUUUGAGGACGGUCUGGCCAAUGGAGAGGAGCCAUCAGCGGCUGAGGAGGCGGCGGCGGCCUUGGCGGCAAAGGAGGCGAAAGGAGGAACUAUCAAGUUUGGUUGGGUCAAAGGAGUCUUGAUCCGUUGCAUGCUGAAUAUCUGGGGUGUGAUGCUCUUUAUUCGAAUGACCUGGAUUGUGGGACAGGCUGGAAUCGGACUGACCAUUGUGAUAAUUCUGAUGGCCACUUUGGUUACCACCAUCACUGGUCUGUCUACCUCUGCUAUAGCAACCAAUGGCUUCGUUCGAGGAGGAGGAGCAUACUACCUAAUCUCCAGGAGUCUGGGGCCGGAGUUUGGAGGCUCCAUCGGUCUCAUCUUUGCCUUUGCCAACGCCGUGGCUGUGGCCAUGUACGUCGUGGGCUUCGCAGAGACAGUCGUGGAGAUGCUUAAUGAUGUUGAUGCUCUGAUGACUGAUGAGCUAAAUGACAUUCGUAUCGUUGGGACUCUAACCGUCAUCCUGCUGCUGGGAAUAUCUGUAGCUGGGAUGGAGUGGGAAGCCAAGGCUCAGAUUGUCCUCCUGGUGAUCCUGCUGGCAGCCAUCGCUAACUACUUCAUAGGAAGCUUCAUGGCCAUAGAAAGCAAAGAGCCCAAAGGAUUCUUCGGCUACAACACUGCCAUCUUCUUAGAGAACCUGGGUCCAGACUUCAGAGAGGAGGAGACGUUCUUCUCCAUGUUCGCCAUUUUCUUUCCUGCAGCCACGGGGAUCCUGGCUGGAGCCAACAUCUCCGGAGACCUCACGGACCCUCAGUCAGCGAUUCCUAAAGGUACUUUGCUGGCCAUCGUCAUCACCGGAAUCACCUACGUGGCUGUCACCAUCUCUGCAGGCUCCUGCAUUGUCAGGGACGCCACCGGCGACCACAACGACACGGUGAGCGACACGGUGAACUGCACCGACGCCGCCUGCACGCUGGGCUACGACUUCUCCAUCUGCAAGGAGGGGGGCUGUCAGUACGGCCUGAUGAACGACUUCCAGGUGAUGAGUCUGGUGUCGGGCUUCGGCCCUCUGAUCUCUGCAGGGAUUUUUUCAGCCACUCUGUCCUCGGCUCUAGCCUCGCUGGUCAGCGCACCCAAAGUCUUCCAGGCUCUAUGCAAGGAUAACAUCUAUCCAGGGCUGGGUGUUUUUGCCAAGGGUUACGGGAAGAAUAACGAGCCUCUCCGUGGUUACGUCCUGACCUUCUGCAUCGGCCUUGCCUUCAUUCUCAUUGCGGAGUUGAACAUCAUCGCUCCCAUCAUCUCCAACUUCUUCCUGGCCUCGUACGCUCUCAUUAACUUCUCUGUCUUCCACGCCUCCUUGGCCAACUCUCCAGGGUGGCGUCCCAGCUUCAAGUACUACAACAUGUGGGUGUCUCUUGCCGGGGCGGUCUUGUGCUGUGUGGUGAUGUUUGUCAUCAACUGGUGGGCAGCUCUGGUCACUCUGCUCAUCGUCCUCGCCCUCUACAUCUACGUCAGCUACAAGAAACCUGAUGUGAACUGGGGUUCGUCCACUCAGGCUCUGAUUUACAACCAGGCUCUGACUCACUGUAUAAACCUCACUGGAGUCGAGGACCACGUUAAAAACUUCAGGCCGCAGUGUUUGGUGAUGGCUGGUUAUCCAAACGCUCGUCCUGCUCUGCUUCAACUGGUUAAUUCUUUCACCAAGAACGUCGGACUCAUGGUCUGCGCUCACGUCAGGACCGUGACCCGUCGGCCAAACUUGAAGGAGCUGUCUCAGGAACACGCCCGCUGUCAGCGCUGGCUCAACAAGAAACGGAUCAAGGCCUUUUACACUCAUGUGUUCUCUGACAACCUUAGGCACGGGGCGCAGUUCCUCAUGCAGGCUGUCGGUUUGGGUCGUCUGAAGCCCAACACCUUGGUUAUGGGUUUUAAGAACAACUGGAGUGAUGGAGACAUGAGAGAUGUGGAGGUUUACAUCAACACUAUACAUGAUGCUUUCGACCUGCAGUUUGGGGUGGUGCUCCUUCGACUGCAGGACGGACUGGAUAUCUCUCACAUCCAGGGACAAGACGAGCUGCUGUCGUCCAACGAGAAGCCCCCAGUUGGCAGUAAGGAGGUGGUGGUUUCUGUCAGUCUGGAUAAAAACUUAGAGUCGGACUCCUGUCCUCCAAAAACCACUACCAACCAGAGCAGCCCGCUCAUCAUGUUAGAGACCAAGUCUCCUCUGAGUCUGACCGACCAACGUCUGCUGGAGACCAGCCAGCAGUUCAAGAAGAAGCAGGGCAAAGGAACCAUAGAUGUCUGGUGGUUGUUUGAUGACGGAGGUCUGACUCUGCUGAUCCCCUUUCUGCUGACCAAUGGGAGCAAGUGGGGCGACUGCAGGAUCCGAGUCUUCAUCGGCGGGAAGAUCAACCGCAUUGACCACGACCGCCGAGCCAUGGCGACGCUGCUCAGCAGGUUCAGGAUCGACUUCUCUGACAUCAACGUCCUCGGAGACAUCAACACCAAACCCAAGAAACACAGUAAGCUGAGCUUUAAGGAGCUGAUCGAGCCGUACAGGCUGAAGGAAGACGACAUGGAACAGGAGGCGGCAGAGAGGCUGAAGGCCCAGGAGCCCUGGAGGAUCACUGACAACGAACUGGAGCUCUACAAGGCCAAGAGCAACCGCCAGAUCCGACUGAACGAGCUGCUGAAGGAACAUUCCAGCAUGGCGAAGCUCAUCGUCAUGAGCAUGCCUUUGGCCAGAAAGGGGACGGUGUCGAGCGCUCUCUACAUGUGCUGGCUGGAAACUCUGUCCAAAGACCUCCCACCUCUGCUGCUGGUCCGAGGAAACCACCAGAGUGUCCUCACCUUCUACUCCUAACACACACACA